GUCAGUCAGCAAAAUGGCGUCGGUGGCCAUUUCCACGGCGUUGAAAAAAAUAACAGAAUUAAGGGUUGUUGACCUUAAAUCCGAGCUCAAGCGACGGAAUUUGGACACUUCGGGUAUUAAGAGUGUACUUCUCGCCAGAUUGAAGCAGGCUAUUGAGAGUGAAGAUGCAGACUCUGGCAGUGUUGAGGUACAGGCUCCAUUAAGCACAUCAACUCGUAAAAGUGGAAAAGGCAAAGGAAGGAAAUUUGAGUCAGACUUGGACACUACCACAGAAGAUGAGAUGCCUUCUAAGGAAACAGAAGAGUACGAGUCAGAGAAAGAUGUAACAGAUACAGAUGAAGGUACACGAGAAAAUUGUAAGCCUGCGCUCUGCGAGGACAACCUCUCUCAGCCCGAGAGCAUUGCUGAACUGGAGGUUGAGCCGGAGACAGAAGCCGUGGUCACCGAGGCCGAUUCAGAGCCAGAAAUGGCUGAUGCUGACACAGAUGCCGAGCCAGAGGUGGACGCAGAUGUUGAGCAAGAGGCUGAGGCAGAUGCCGAGCCACAAGUCGACGACGAGGCAGAAGGAGAGCUGCUGGACGACGGGGGGGCUGAGCCCGAGGUUGACGGAGAGGGCGAGCCCGAGGUUGACGUGGAGGCAGAGCCUGAAUUGGAGUCUGAAGAAGAGAUGGCUGCCGAAGCCAUGGAUUCCUCGAAAGAAGCUGAGGACGAUCACCUGUCUGUGUCGAUGCAAAAUGAAGACGCCAUCACGUUAGAUGUUGAUGGCGACGAUCUUCUGGACACAGGUAAACAUGUGAAACUUCCAGAUUCAGAGGCCGACAAGGGCAACGAUGAGCCUGAGGCCUCUGCCGAGAUGGCCAUGGAUGAUGAUAUGAAGAUUCAAGCCAGAGAUGGCAAGCAAGAUGGCGGAGCCUGGGGCGAGCCCUCAGAGGACAGCAGAGAUGCCACGAAGAAAGCUGAAGCUGGAGAUAAAGAAAAGGAUUCUGGGAAGAAAGGCCUCUCGUCCACAGGGGUAUCAGGUCAAGCAAAGAGCUCUUCACGAGACAGAGAUGGAAAAGCUGCAAAGGAUGAUAAGGUUGUCGGUAGCAGCAGCAACAUCAGCUCUUCCCAUAACGUUUGGGUGAGUGGCCUGGACUUCAACACCAAAGCAGCAGAUCUGAAGAACCUCUGUGGCAAAUAUGGCAAGUUCUGUUGUGGACAGGUUUUAAGUGCCAAGGUCCUAACAAAUGCCCGCAGCCCUGGCUCAAAGUGUUACGGCCUGGUGACAAUGUCUUCCAGUGCAGAGGUGACACGUUGCAUCUCUCAACUGGACUGCACUGAGCUUGAUGGACAGCAAAUAUAUGUUGAAUGUGCCAAAAAUCACCCCUUCAAAAAAGAAUCCUCAAAGAAUGAAUUCGAUGACAAAGCAAGUACGGGCAAGUCAAGUGAAAAGCGCAGUUCCACUGGGACCAAGUUGUCUAACAAAUCACAGCAACCUUACAGAAAAGAAGAACAAUCUGGGGAAAAGGACAAAGAUUCAUCCAAGGACACCAAAAGUGGCAAAUCUGAUUCAGGUACAUCAAAUUCUGUCCAAGGUUCCUCAAAGAGAGAUGACAGAUCCUCUGGACGGUCAAGAAGUCCAGGCGGUAUGGUGCAGGGGGAUCAGACUAAAGGAAAGUCGACUUUUUUCAAAAUGCGACCUUUAAGAAAAACAAGAUAUUUUGAGAAGCCUUUUGUUCACAUGCCCAUGCAAAGACGUCCCAAAUGGCUGUUACCCCCUGAAGAGCUGGAGAUGAUUAAACGUAAACAGCAGUUGGUCAAUAAGGAGGGUGGCUUUGUUCCUUUUGCGAAGAUAAAAGAGCAGAGUAUGCGGGAGCGGAUGGAGCGUGCUCGUAGAGCCCCAGAGAUGCGCAGGCACCGUGAAAUGGCUGAACAGGCGCGCCAUGAGCGGGAGUGCGAAGAACGUGAGAACCUCUUUCGUGAACGUCAGAGACUAGAGAUGGAAAGACAAAAGCUGGAGAGGGAGCGCUUUGAGAGGGAGAAGCUCGAAAGGGAGCGAAUCCGAAUAGAGCAAGAGCGGUGGAAAGAGGCAGAACACAUUGCCCGCCAACAGGAGCUCAGACGACAGCAGGAGCACCUCCGCUAUGAGCAAGAGAAGAGAAACUUCAAAAGAGGCCGUGAUGUCGAGCAUGGUCGGAGAGAUAAUACAUACUGGAAUGGCAACAAAAAGAUUCAGUCCGAUGCGUCCGAUGCUCGUCUCAACCAAGGUGGCAACUUCGAACGACAGCAGAACCGCUUCUCCAACUUCAACCAACGCCAGAGGGGCCGCUUCCCACAGGCCGCUGUCGAGCAGAGCAACACAUUUGACAGGCGCAACCGUUUUGACGGAGAGCCAGAAGCAAAGAAGAGCCGCCCCUCUCUUCAGCGAGAGGGCGCCGGCUUCGAGCGCUACCCCAAGAACUUCGAAGCGGUGCGCCGGGCCGAGCCGCCUCCUUCGCGCACUGCCCUCCGCGACACCGACCGCAGGGAUCGAGAUGAAAGGCGACCAAUCCAGGUGCAUGAUCGGCCGAUGGGAGCCAGGAUGUCCGGCGUGUCCCACCCCCGCUCUCCCAGGGACGGGGGCCACACCUGGAAGAAUAACGCUGACAUGAAUGCCAACAAGGGCGAGUUACGUGGACCCAUGCGAAUUCGUACGGAGAGGUCGGGCCGAGACGGGCCUGGUCCAGUCCUAAGAGGAGGUUCUUCAGCCAGCCGAGGAAGAGGCUCCUUUAAUGAUCAGGAUGGAGGAAGAGCCAUGGUGAUGAAUGAUCAGUCUUUCAACUCAGGCCGCCGUGUGGUGGUGGAGCGUCACAGCAGGGAGCAGGGCAUGAGGAAGGAGUGGCAAGGUGGCUCUGCUUCCCGAGGCGGCGGCGGCAGCGGCAGCUUCUCCAACAACCGCCGGAUGAGCGACAGUCGUCGCAGCAUGAUGUCGCCUCCUUCUGGUCCCUCAUCUGGAAUGAGUCGCAUCGUCCAAAUCACCAGCAGCUCCGUUCCCGGCGGCAGCACCACGGGCAGCUUUAAGACUUUCAAAGGAACGCGGCAGUUCUAAAGUCGACCACAAAAAACAAAAGGAGGGCCCUGUGAUGUUUUUUUUUUUUUUUUUUUUUUUUUUUAAGUUUUUUAGGUGGCACGACGAUAUUGGAGGGGGUUAACAAUUUUUAUUUUGUACAAAGGUUUUCAUUGUAGGAUUUUCCUGACAUUUAUGAUUUGUGUGCAAGUUAAUUUGUAUUUAGAAGCUUAUGGUAAGUCUUUGUGACAUGUUAAUAUUCCCUCCAGCUGUCAUUUAUUUUUAUCUUAUUCUAAUGAAGGCAGUUCAUGUCCUCCAUCCCCCACAACUUUUAAAAUAUUUAUCAUGUAGCACAAAAAUAUUUGAUUGCUCUCAUAACUGGUAGUAUGUUUUCUAAAAUUGUAGAACUGGAUUCAUAUUUCUGGAAUUAUCACAAGCUGAAAUUUAGUCCACAUGCAUACCUUUUCCUGUCAGUUUAUGCAUAUGUGAAUUAAAUAAAGCCUUCAACCAUGUUAUUAUAUUGACUGUCUGGCACUGUCAUUUGAUGAGUUACUGAGUCUGAUGUUCCGGAAAGUCAUCGCGCAUCUGUAGCAAGACUUGAAAAUUGCUGUUCAGAUGCUCUCCAUCCAACCUGGCUGAGCUUGAGCUAUUUUGCAGAAAAGUGUCUGCAUCUGCGAAGCUGGUAGAGACAUUGCCCAAAAGACGUGCAGCUGUACUUUCAAUGAAAGGUUGGCUCCACAAAGUAUUGACGCAAGGGGUGUAGCUGAGUAUACGUAUCAUGAGCGUUGGAGGCUGGGAUCAACACGCGCCAAAUCCCAAUGAUGACAAUGCACCGAUAGUCAAAAAUGGUGGUGAUAUUUUAUGGAAGAAAUACUGCCUUGUUUUGAGCAUCAGUCUGAAGUUGUUGCCAGAGCCUUCGACACCACUGUGGCUGAAGGAUUUGCUUUGUGGUGUUUCCUAUGAUUUAGGACUGGUGUCUAUUAGUUAGCAUGCAUGCUACAUUGUCAAGUGUGGCAAUGAUUACACAAUAUGAAAUUUUUUUUUUUUCUUAAUAAAAAAAAAAUACAGUAAACUAAAUGUAUGAUGAUGUAAUGAUGGAAUUUACUGUUUUGCAGUUUAGAAAUGCAUUGUUCCUUCUGAGAAAUGGAAAUUUUUACUGCGUUAUUCAUGGGUGCUUUGUUCAAUGGCGGAAAGUUCAAAUAUGCUGUUUGUGGGCUCAGGAUUUUAAUGUUUUUUUCCCC